AUGACUCCACCUUCCCCUUCACCUGUGCCUUCCGCAGUUUCGUCCGCCGCAGCUUCACAACAUUCGUAUGAUCCUCGGGAUGGAGAUGCUUCGGUAGCACGCGCCCUCGCGGGCAUGAAUUUGGCUGCCCACGCAAACGGGGACGCCCUUCCACCUCCGGCAUUCUCUCCCGCCGGGAAACCAACUAAAGCUACAAUGGCUGCUCGUCUCACACGCAUGUUCUCCAGUGCGGGGAAAUCAACGCCGCCUAAAGACAACAAUGAAACUCGCCGUGAUCUAUCCGAUAGUAGCUUGGAAAGCAUUCAGCCCAUGAACGGCAGAAAUUCGAAGUCCUCCUCUCGGCCUCCUUCAAGACCUCCCUCAAGAGGAGCAAACUCCCGAACUCCCUCAAGGAAUCCAUCUCUUAAGAACGAACCAGCGGAAAAGUCCGAUAGGAAGAAGCCGGACGACAAGAAGACCAAAGAUGGAGCUGUCCCGGUCCACAAGCGAUUUGAGGUUCUGCCAGAAGGUCAGGGCAAUCACUUGCAUAACCUCAGAAGUGCGAGACGGCAAGAGAAGCUCACCGACUUGCUGCGGGAUAUGAUUGGUGGCCGGAAGAAGGACGACCAGGUGGAUGAGCAGCAGCUAUCACUGAUGUCAACUUGGAUUGAUCAAUUCAAGACCGAGCGUGAUAAGCUGGCCGCCGAUAAGAAGGGCGGCCCGAAUGCCACUGCUUCUCUGGUUGACAAGUACGGCAAGUGUCAGGAGAUCGUGGGUCGCGGCGCUUUUGGUAUCGUCCGCAUCUCGCACAAGGUCGACCCUCAAGAUUCCAAGUGCGAACAGUUAUAUGCUGUCAAGGAAUUCCGUCGUCGCCCUCAGGAAACCACCAAAAAAUAUCAGAAACGAUUGACUUCGGAAUUUUGCAUCUCAUCGUCGCUCCGUCACCCGAACGUCAUUCACACUUUAGAUCUGUUGCAAGAUGCCAAGGGGGACUACUGCGAAGUUAUGGAAUAUUGCGCCGGUGGCGAUCUGUAUACUCUAGUCCUCGCUGCUGGUAAGUUGGAAGUUGCCGAAGCCGAUUGCUUCUUCAAACAGUUGAUGCGGGGUGUUGAGUACAUGCAUGAGAUGGGUGUCGCCCAUCGCGAUCUCAAGCCCGAAAACUUGCUUUUGACCACUCACGGUGCACUUAAAAUUACUGAUUUUGGAAACGGUGAAUGCUUCCGUAUGGCCUGGGAGAAGGAAGCCCACAUGACCGCCGGACUCUGCGGUUCAGCUCCUUACAUCGCUCCGGAGGAAUACAUCGAAAGGGAAUUCGACCCUCGGGCCGUUGAUCUUUGGGCAACUGGAGUCAUCUACAUGGCCAUGCGCACCGGGCGGCAUCUCUGGCGCGUGGCACGCAAGGAUGAAGAUGAAUUUUAUCAACGCUAUCUCGACGGUCGGAAACACGAGGAUGGAUAUGCUCCUAUUGAGACGUUACAUCGGGUAAGAACUGCUAAUCCUCUUUCUGCGGCUGCGGGACAAAGACUCAUUAAUUAUCAGGCUCGUUGCCGCAAUGUGAUCUACUCCAUCCUUGAUCCCAAUCCCUCCCGCCGCAUCAAUGCCUCACAGGUUCUCAAAUCCGAAUGGGUACGCCAAAUCAAGCUGUGUAAGGCUGGCGAGGAAGGGUUCUGA